AUGCGUUCUAGUACAAAGACACAAGCUAGGUGGAUGUCGGAGAGAAGUGUAGUGGAUGUAAUUUCCUGUGACGUCACUAACUCAAGUGAAGCAUUUCAAUUUAAAUGUCGAGCAGCCUCCAGUGUCACGUUGCUCAAAUUGGCCACACGUUGGAGCGGUGCCAACGCGGAAAACAAUAUUAAAUUCGCAAAUCUUUCGGCGGCGAUUCCCCGGCGGGUGGUGCACGCUAUUCCGACUACCGCCUCCUUGGAGAUGAUUUUUCAUUCGCACCGCAACGUAUUUCACAGUGCGAAAUAUUUCCCUCAACAAACGAAUUCUUUCACUCCUCUCUCUCUCGGGGCGCAGGCUUUGCAAAUUACCCCUCAAAUGCAGAAAGACCCGCUGCUCGCAAUGUUUAUCUAA